AUGAUUUCUGCUAAGAAAACUCCGGAAAAGAGUCGUUAUCCUAUUCACUAUAUGGUGUGGCACAACAAACAUCGGAAGCUGGAGAAAGCGCUAUCCAUGAACGAGCAGGUGGAUGUGGAGACCCUGGACCCCCGGGGUCGGACCCCCCUCCACCUGGCUGUCACUCUGGGUCACCUGGACUGUGCCCGCCUGCUCCUCCAACAUGGUGCCAACGUCAGCAAGGAGAACCACAACGGAUGGACAGUGCUCCAGGAAGCAGUCAGCACACGAGAGCCAGAGCUGGUGCGCCUAGUUCUGCAUUACCGUGACUACCAGCGGACCACUAAGAGACUGGCGGGAAUCCCUGUCCUCCUGGAGAGACUGCACCAGGCUCAGGACUUUUACGUGGAGAUGAAAUGGGAGUUUACUAGCUGGGUGCCGCUGGUGUCUCGUAUCUGCCCCAGUGACACGUACCGCGUGUGGAAGAGUGGCCAGUGUCUGCGCGUAGACACCACUCUCAUGGGCUUUGAUCAGAUGACCUGGCAGAGAGGAAACCGAAGCUUCAUCUUCCGGGGUCAAGACUCCAGUGCGGUGGUGAUGGAGGUGGACCACGACAGACAGCUGGUGUUCUGUGAGACCCUGUGUGUGUCCUCUCUGACGUCUCCCUCGCCUCGGCGGGGCACUACCGGCCUGGGCCUCCUGGGAGCACUACUGCCCAGCGAGGAGCAGGUGGCAGCCCGCCUCUCCGCCCCCGUGGUCACCACCCAGCUAGACACCAAAAACAUCACCUUUGAGAGGAAUAAGACUGGCAUCCUUGGCUGGCGCAGUGAGAAGACAGAGAUGGUGAACGGGUAUGAGGCUAAGGUGUACGGAGCCUCCAAUGUGGAACUGAUCACUCGAACCAGAACUGACCAUCUCAGUGAGCCACUGAAGGCGAAGCCCAAAGGCGGUAAGACGCCCCUGCAGAACUUCCUAGGGAUCGCCGAGCAACACGUGGGGCCCAACAAUGGGGCCCUAGUGACUCAGAUGUCAUGUCCUGCCGUGACCAACCCCACAUCCCUGACAGCCGAGGAGUACUUCAAUCCCAACCUGCCCCUGGGCACCCGGGACAUUGGCCACCCCUGUCAACUCACCACCAAGACUCAGAGGUUCAAGGCUAAGCUGUGGCUGUGUGAGUCCCAUCCUCUGUCUUUAGCGGAGCAGGUGGCGCCCAUCAUUGACCUCAUGGCCAUCUCCAACGCCCUCUUCGCCAAGCUCAGGGACUUCAUUACCCUGCGACUGCCCCCCGGCUUCCCUGUCAAGAUCGAAAUUCCCAUUUAUCACAUCCUGAAUGCCCGGAUCACCUUUGGGAACCUGAACGGGUGUGAGGAGGGGUCUGUGACGGGGCCGGACCGGGUGGAGGGGGAGGGGGAGGUGGACGGACAGAAGUACAGCAGCCCCAGGACUGACACAGACACCCCCUCCCCAGGCAGCGACUCUUCUAGUGUCUCCAGCUCCAGCUCCACGACGUCGUGUCGUGGAGGGGAGAUCCCCCCGUGUGUGUUCGAGCCCCCUCAGGGUUACACUGUGCUGGGAGGCAACCAGAGGGCAAACAACAUGCGUGGUGAUGAGGAGGAGGACCUGCUGCAGUUUGCCAUCCAACAGAGUCUGCUGGAGGCUGGCUCUGAGUACGACCAGGUGACUAUCUGGGAGGCGCUGACCAACAGCAAGCCCAGCACACGUACUCUUCCCUGUGACCCCAGUCGCCUGCAAAGGACUCCUCAGCACAGGCCUUGCCCUCCAGCCAGUCUCUGUAACACGCCCACCAAGAAGCCCCCAGCAGCCUGCAGCUACGACCAGCAGCUCCGCCUGGCCAUGGAGCUGUCGGCACGGGAGCAGGCAGAGGCCGAGCUACGGCGACGGCAAGAGGAGGAGGAGCUGCAGCGGAUCAUCCAGCUGUCACUCAUGGAGAAAUGA